AUGUGCAUCACCACGCAAACACACGUGUGUUUUCGUAGUUGUUUCGUAUUUUGACUCAUUUAAGCUUAAUAUUAAGCUGCAAAAAUGGGUAAAAAGGCGAAGAUUGGAAAACAGCGGAAGGAUAAAUACUAUCAGUUAGCCAAGGAAAUCGGCUACCGCUCGCGUGCCGCUUUCAAAUUGAUUCAACUGAACAGAAAGUUCAGUUUUCUACAAAAAUCGAAGGUCUUGGUCGACCUUUGCGCAGCCCCAGGAGGAUGGAUGCAGGUGGCGAAACAAAACAUGCCGGUGUCCAGCAUCGUGAUUGGCAUCGAUUUGUUCCCAAUCAAGGCGAUACCGGGGUGCAUCUCAAUUACAGAAGAUAUCACAACGGAUAAGUGCAAAACGGCUUUAACUAGGGAACUCAAAACCUGGAAAGUUGACGUUUUUCUUCAUGAUGGAGCACCGAAUGUUGGUAUGAACUGGUUACACGACGCCCAUCAGCAGGCAUUGCUCACCCUUAGUGCUGCGAAACUCGCGUCACAAUUCCUCAAACCUGGAGGUUGGUUCGUGACCAAAGUGUUCCGGUCUAAAGAUUACAAUGCUCUCAUCUGGGUGUUGAAACAAAUUUUUAAGAAGGUUCAUUCAACUAAGCCUCAAGCGUCGAGAAAUGAGUCCGCGGAAAUCUUCGUAGUUUGUCAAAAUUUCAUUGCUCCUCACAAACUGGAUCCAAGGUUCUUCGAUCCUAAGCAUGUGUUUGAAGAGUUGGAGUUGGAGCCCAAGUCAGCCAACAGCAUCUUCCAUCCAGAGAAGGCGAAGAAGGCCAAAGCCGAGGGCUACCCUGAGGGCAUGUCCUCAAUGUACAGGCCUAUUUCGGCUUUGGAGCUGAUCAUGGCUGAAACUCCAGUCGAUCUGCUGCAGGUUUCCACAGAGAUCACUUUGGAUGACAAACGCAUUGCAAAUCAUCCUCGGACAACUCCUGAAAUCAAGGAGUGCCUCAAAGACAUCAAGGUUCUUGGCCGCAAAGAUCUGCGACUCUUGAUGGCCUGGUGUGCGGCCAUGAAGCAAUCGAUUGCUCCUCCUGCUCCCAAAGAAGAUGAAACUGCCAAAGAAGCAGAGGAGGAAAGUGAGGAUGAAGAUGAACAGAUUGAUAAGCAUCUGAAGGAAUUGAAGGAAAGUGAAAGAAAAGAGUUGAAGAGGAAGAAGAAGACAGUGCUGAAGGAGAGGCGCAAACUCCAGCAAAAGCUGGAUUUGAAAAUGGUCUUCAAAGGCGAUGAUGGUCCGAAAAUGGAUGAUGAUGAAAUGUUUGAGUUGAAGACCAUCAAAUCAAACAAGGUCCUCAAUAAAAUUGAUGACCAAAGACCAGAUGAAGUUGCUGAGGAAUCCGAAGAAGAGGACGAUCAGCCGAAGAAAAAGCGGGAAGCCUAUAAUCCUACUAAAUCUCGGCUUGAUAAAUCUGGAAGGUUUUAUAAAGAGAGUGACAGUGAAGCCAGUGAGAGCGAGGAGGAGGGGGAGCAUUACCUGACCAGGGUGGAAGAAGGUCUGGGUAUGAGCGACGAGGGCGAGCUCAGUUUUGAGGAAGCAAGUGGCGAUGAGGAUGAGGAGGGAAAUGAGAGCAAUCCUCUUAUCACCGACCUGGACCACAGAAAUAAGAAGGAGAAGCGGGUGCACAAGGCCCAGCUUUGGUUUGAAAAGGACAUUUUCCAGAAUGGUGAAACCGAAGCUGAUGAAGAUGUCGAGCUGGAUGCGUUGGCUGCUGAGCUCAAGUCGAAAGGAGCGAAAAUCAUUGGGAAAGAAGCUGGUGAUGAGGAAUCUGACUAUGACGAUGAUUCUGAUGAUGAAGAAUCGACCGCUAGUGACUAUGAAAUGCCGCAGAUGCCGCGAAAAAGGGCCAAUGAGGACUCUGCUCCCUCCAAAGGUGGAAAGGACGAUUUUGAAAUCGUCCCGAAAGAUGACGUGAAACGAUUCAAACUGGAUGAGGAAGGAUUGGCUCUCGGCUCGAUGAUUGCCCUGUCAAAAAAGAAGAAGCGUGACAUUGUUGAUGACGCCUGGAAUCGCUUCGCCUUUAAUGACGACCAUCUGCCAGACUGGUUCAAGGAAGAUGAAAAGAAGCACAUGCGUAAAGAUGCCCCAGUGCCUAAGGAGCUGGUUGCGGAAAUUAAACAGAAGCAGCGGGAGUUGGAUGCCAGACCCAUCAAGAAGGUUAUUGAGGCGAAGGCCCGCAAGAAGAAGAGGGCUAUCCGCAAACUGGAGAAGGCAAAGAAGCGUGUCGAGUCCAUGUUGGAGUCCUCGGAAGUUUCCGAGAGGGAGAAAGCCCGGCAGAUCAAGCAGAUGUACAAUAAGGCUGCCGGCAAGAAAAAGGACGAAAUUGCGUAUGUCCGUUCAAAGAAAUUCUCGGCCAGUUCCCGCACGAAGAGACCGCAUGGCGUGAAGGGACGGUACAAGGCUGUGGAUCCUCGAAUGCGAAAGGACACGAGAGGCAUGCUCAGGGCCAAGGGUCUGGUCAAGGGAAAGGGUGGCAAAGGCGGAAAGGGAGGCUACAAGGGCGGCAGGGGAGCGAAUAAGGGAGGGAGAAAGAAGACUGGAGGCAAUAAAAAAUAAAUUGCAAUCCAUGUUGGUGUAAAUUAAUAAUAAAUUUCAAAUUAAUCUGUAA